GUGUAUAUGUGUGUAUGUAUACACAUAUGUACUGUAUAUUUAUAUAUAUAUCAAUUUAAAAUUUCAUAAGCUGUCUGUGUUUCGGUUUUCUUUCUUUUGUUUUUACUGAAGAUCAGGAACCUUCAACUGACAAUCACAGGAAGCGAGCACAAACUGGUUUACACUAGCUAAUAAAAAAUGAUAUUGGAUACUCACGGCAGGACGAACUGCAUACAAGACUACCAAAUAUCAAGAAACCUUAACUUAAACUAAGAAAAGUUGUUUUUCUAAAGCGGAGUUAAGGUGAACUGCCUCAGGCUCAACUUUAAAUUAUUCGGAGAACUCGUUACAAAGAACGCCUAUGCAUGAACCAGAUGAAUCUGUUGAACCCAAUGAAUCUAUGUAUACAAGUGGUGGAGCUACUAUCCUUGCUGUUGCUCUAUUCUGGACAAUAAUUACUUUGACAUCAUGGAUAAUAAAGAAUUUAUUAAUUCGGUUAUUUGAGAAUUCAAAAUCUCAAGCAUCACAAGAGUCUACGCAUAAUAUGAUCGAUUUACAUUCUAUACCAAGACUGCUGGUGACAUUUCCUUCAAUAUCAUCAAAUUUUAUCUUGGAAAAGUUUCGUUCAACACCCCAACUGUUGCUGGUCUUAAUGGAUGCUGUAGCCACAGUGGAACAAUGUGCUUGUAGUCUAGAAUGUUGGCCUAUUCGAGAAGCCUUCGGUUAUUGGGGUCUUUUGACAGCUAUCGGCUUAAAUGGUAUACGUACCUGUUUAUUUGUAACUCGUGAUGCUUAUGGAAGCCCGUGUAAUCCAUGGUACAGAUAUCUCAUCGGUCAAAUACAACCUCUUUGGAUGGUAAUAUCAUGGACUGCACAACUAUUCUCCGCGUCUAUAGCUCUAGAAAUUUGUAAAUAUUGGUGGUCAUGGCGACUAACAGUGCAUCAUUCUGAUCGGUAUGAUAUAGCUGUCGACAUGUUAAAUCCUCAGAAUCUGCCGAAUUAUCAAUCGGAUUUAAAUGUCGCAGUAUGGAUUGGAUUUAUUUGUGAAGCUUUUGGUACUUUUAUUGAAUUCUACCUGGCUAUUCUGUUUUUAUGUGCUUUGGAGAAUUGGAAUUCACAGUGUACUAGGACAGCUAUACAGACAACGUCUUCAUCAGUCACCAAUUCUGCUGAUAUGCCAACUGAUUCGCAGACUUCGCCCAGUUGUGAUUUAUCACGUAAACAAUUUCUGGCUUCAUUUAUUUUGAGGUUUUUGAUAAAUAUAACAUUGGUAGCCUAUGGUCUUACAUGGACAGGAAUGUAUUUAAAUCCAGCCAAUGCAUUUAUUCAAUCCUGGGGACUUGGUACAGUAUCACCAAUUCAUCAUAUUAUUGUCUAUUGGUUAGGACCAAUGUUUGGUGUUUGGUUAUGCGUUACAAUUGAAAAAUGGACUUAUGAAUAUACGCCUAAAAUUAUUGCAUCAAUAAGUGCUCAGCAUCACAGCCCGGAAGUUAACAAUCAUGGUAACCAUGGUAACGGCAAAUGUCAAUCUGAUUAAAACAAACACACAAACGAACACACAAAUACACAAGAAAUGUGAAUAAAUAAAAGAAAAGCAGUUGUGGAAAUGCUGUGGAUGGAAAUAACAGUGAUUGUAUUGUUUAGAAAUUGUACAAUAUUCAGAGAGAAGGAUUCAGAUUAUCUAUUUUGCUUAUGUAGACUUUAUCGAUUUCAAAAAUUAUUAUUAUCAUUGUGCCUUAACAUUCAGUGCUCUUAGCCAAUGCUGUCCUUAUUAUUUAAAUUUUUUUAUUAUUGAUUACUGUACUACUCAAUUGUACAAAGAAAAAGCCAACUGGUGAUGAAAAUCAUCUAAUUAGAAACAUUAUUUUUUCGACAAUUGAUUUAUUUUUACUC